AUGCCUGCCUCUGCAGCGAGCGAUGAGUUCGACGAAGAUGACUUUAUUGUCGACAUUGACAACAUCCAAGCCCAUGGCAUCGGAGUCGCCGAUAUAACCAAACUCAAGGCCAAUGGCUUCUACACGGUUGCAUCUGUUCAUGGAGCCACCCGCAGGUCCCUAUUGAAGAUCAAGGGCUUCAGUGAGAUCAAGGUCGAGAAAGUGAAAGAGGCUGUUCAAAAAUGCCUUCCCACUGCGAACGGAUUCAUGACAGCAAUGGAACUAUGCCACCAACGCAAAAAGGUGUUCAAGAUUUCAACCGGCAGUAAGCAGUUUGAUGCCAUACUUGGAGGCGGAUUCCAGAGCAUGAGCAUAAGCGAAGUAUAUGGAGAGUUUCGCUGCGGAAAGACACAGCUGUCGCAUACCAUGUCGGUCAUUGCUCAACUGCCCAAAGAAAUGGGCGGUGGCGAGGGUAAAGUUGCCUACAUUGAUACCGAAGGAACGUUCAGACCUGAGCGUAUAGCCCAAAUCGCCGAGCGCUUUGGCGUUGACCCGGACUCUGCGCAGGAGAACGUUGCCUAUGCUCGUGCACUGAACAGCGAACACCAGCUGGAAUUGCUAAACACUCUUUCAAAGGAGUUUGUCGGCGGUGAUUACAGGCUUUUGAUCAUCGACAGCAUCAUGAAUUGCUUCCGUGUCGACUUUUGCGGCCGUGGCGAGCUCGCCGAACGUCAGCAGAAGCUCAAUCAGUUUCUCAUCAGACUAGCACAUAUGGCUGAAGAGUUCAACGUCUGCGUAUUGAUGACAAAUCAAGUGCAAAGUGACCCUGGAGCGAGCGCUCUCUUCGCAGGCGCUGACGGCCGCAAGCCUGUGGGAGGACAUGUUCUUGCGCACGCCUCGACUACUCGUGUCCUUCUCCGAAAGGGACGCGGUGACGAGCGUGUGGCGAAAAUUCAAGACUCUCCCGAAAAAAACUCGACACACAACCACAAUCACAAUACCCCAAUCGCUACGAUGCCUAAAAAGGAGAGCAAAAAAGAGAAAUCCGUCACGGAAAUAUCAGGCUACACAGUCCUGCCAAUCCAACUCCCGACCGCACCUGCACUGCCCGACCCCGUCACGCAUUACCUAUACGUGCGCCCUCAUGAGCCGCGCAUUCCAGACCCAGAUGCCGCGCGCUCGCUGUUUCUGGUCAAUAUCCCCAUAGACACGACGGAAACACAUCUGCGGCAUUUGUUUACGAGUCAGUUGUCUGCGGGCCGCGUUGAGAAGGUGCAGUUUGAGGGGGUGUUUGGGGGGUCAAGACAGCAACAACAACAGCCGAAAAAGACGACGACGGAGACGGAUCAGAGCAAAAAUAGAAAAAAACGCAAGAGGCAUACAGUGACAGCCAAUGAGUUGGAGGACCGGCUGGGCGCGUUUGAGUUUCCGUCAACAUGGGAUCGAGAAUUACACGCGAGCGGCUCGCAUGCGGUUGUCACGUUUGUCGACAAACCGGCGAUGGAGGCGAGUCUGAAAGCAGCACGGAAAGCAGGGAAAUCAAACAAACACACAAUCGUUUGGGGUGAAGGAAUUGAGGAACACCGCAUAUCCGCGCUGGGUCCGGCUCGCUAUAAAAAGCAUAUCAAACUCGGCUUCCCGCCAGCCGACGAGCUGCUGUCGAUAGUCAACGGGUAUAUGGAAACAUUCACCCAGGCUGAGGAAAGGCGAGCACUCGAAGCGGCACGCAAGCAGCAAGAGCCCGACGAAGAUGGGUUUAUCACGGUGACGAGGGGACCCAAGCUAACGGAUAUGGCGCGAGACGACGAAGUGCGCGAGCUAGUCGAAAAACAGAAAAAGCGCGAGGAAGGACUGGGCGAUUUCUAUCGAUUCCAGAUGCGAGAGAAACGCAAGGAGAGGCAGCAUGAGUUACUUAAGAAGUUUGAUGAAGAUAAGAGGAAGAUUGCAGAGUUGAAACGACGGAAGGGUGGGAUUUUGCCCGAGGGAGUCUGA